AAAAUGAAUCAUAAUUAUUGCACUCACUCUUUUGUGCUCACUCACUCACGGAAAGUCUCUUUUUUUUCCCCCUUUUUUUUGUCCCUAUCUAUGUACUAGCAUUGUGCAUAGUUUCCUCAAUCUGGGUCAUUUCUUAUGUAAACUCACCAUUUUUAUCAAAGAAUAAUAGUUUGGAAGAGACAUUUUGUGGAUAAAGUUGGGUAGAAGAGCUAGGAAGAGUAAGCAUGUCAAGCGACAGUUGCAGCCACUGGUGUCAUAGUUGUAGGCAACCCGUGAAUCUCGGAAGAGAAAAUGCUGUUUGCCCCAAUUGCCUUGGUGGAUUUGUUCAAGAUCUUGAAGACAUAAUGAGUAGUAGUGCAGACAAUCAGAGCCAGAGGCCGAGAUUUAUGGAAUCGGUAGCAAACUUUUUAAGAAGACAAAUAUCAGCUACAAGUAAUAGUACUUCUGAGAGAGGGAGAUCUGAUGAACAACGAGGAAAUUUGUGGAAUCCGUUGCUGAUUUUCAGUGGUGAUACGCCUGUUGAGAUGCCUGGGGAGGAUGGAGCUUUGGAGUUCCUUAAUGAAGCUCUUGGCUUCCGACAAGAAAAUGGUGGUGAUUAUUUUGUUGGUCCAGGAGUGGAGGAAUUUUUUGAAGAAAUUAUCAAUAGAAGAAAUCUUGAGCGUGGUGCUCCUCCUCCUCCUGCCUCAAGAUGUUCAAUUGAUUCCCUGCCAACAGUCAAGAUAUCGAAAAAGGAUGUUAAAUCGGAUUCCCACUGCCCUGUUUGUAAAGAGAAAUUUUCACUGGGGACUCAGGCAAAAAAAUUGCCUUGCAAGCAUUUAUAUCACUCCGAUUGUAUCUCCCCAUGGCUACAACAGAAGAGUUCAUGUCCUGUUUGUAGAAAGGAGCUGAUACCCGAAACAUCUGGCAAUGACCAUUCUUCUCGGAGUGAAAGCAGAAGCAGCAGUAGGGAGAACAGUUCUCAGAAUCGAGAAAGACGGAGACGAUGGUGGAACUUUGGUUCAUCUCAUUCAAGACGUUCCCGUAGUUCUACUCCAGCUGCAGAAACCAGCUCACAGACCAGCCAUCAAUACAGUAAUUACUCCGAGUACUCUAACUGGCCCUUUGAAUAACAAGGUUUUUCUAAAUGGUACCUGUUUUCAUUUUCAAAUUCUUUGUGAUCAUAAUGUUCUACCUCUGGUGGACCUAGACGGUUUCUCAUGGUAGAGAAAAAUGCCUUAUGUGUUUACUUGUUUUGAAUGUACACUUGAAGUUUUUCAUGUGUUUCUGAUGAAUAAAUUAUAUCUGGUUCUCAA